AUGGGCCCCAUAAGUCUUUGGCGAUUACCUCAAGACGGCUCCCCGAUGUACUAUCGACAUUUCCGCGAUCGCAUCUCCUGGUACGAGGCGGAUGCAGUUUGCCAGUUUCAUCACGGAAAUCUCGUCACAGUGGACAGCUCGAUGCAAUAUGAUGCUUUACGAGCUUUUUUGAAGCACGAAAAUAUAUUGAGCAACGUAUGGAUCGGCUUAGUGAGGAGUCAUAAGAAUGGAGCUUUUACAUGGGCAGGCACUUACCGAACACUUUCUGGAGACGGUUACUGGGCUGAAGCUCUGCCUAAGACAUCGGCGCCUCUUUGUGCUACUGCAGACCCCGCAAGGGACUACCGAUGGCAUGCACGCCACUGCGGCGGUGCCGAAGUCGCUUCUUUCGUAUGCGAACUCAAAGUUCCCGAUUGGACAAAAGAAUGCACUGUCUCAACUAUGACCGGUAUACAGUACGCUUACCUUCCGGAAGAAGUCGCUGUCCAACUUGAAGUAAAAUGCCCACUUGAUGAAGAUGGAUUAAGAAAAGUUCGCUGUCAAGGCAGACAGGACCGCAAGGCUAUGGAGAAGCAGCUAGCAUGUGUUCCAGAAGCCGGAGAUAUCUUAGACAAUAUGAUUCCUCAGUCAUCUGGAUCCGGUAAAGUAACUACCAAGGCUCCAGCCGUCCCCAAAACUUGGCGUUAUACUUCUAUCGCAAGUCUCGAAGACGGACCUCAAACCAGACAUCGCAGAGAAGCAGAUGUAGCUACUCCUUCAGAAGCAGAUGCCACUUGGAGCAGUACAUAUCGUAGCACAUCUGUAGAUGAGGAAAUCGAAGCCUUAGAAGAAACAGCACGACGAGACGGCGUUUUAGUAGAAGACUCCGAUGUCGACAUGAUGAUGGCAGAUGAACGCACCAUAGAAAAUUUCGUCGUGGACAGCACACCAACCUCCGAAGCUACGGAUACAGAAAUUGAUGUUAUUGAAACUGUUAACAGCAUUAGCGAAUCCGCAACUCCAAAUACUGUAUCCACAGAACCAGAGAAAGAUCAAGUUAUAACCACCUCCGAAGCACAGAUUAGUAGUCAAUCAAACGCCCCUUUGCAACCCGAUCAACGAGGCAUCAAACCCCCAAUGGUACAUGCAAGAUCAGAUUCGAAAUCUAUGGAUUGGGUCAGCACUGAAGCAGAUGAUCAUACGGCCGAAAUGAAAUUACUGGGACAUUUGCCAAAGGGUCACGUCGUAGUAGAUAAUAAACAACCACAUACCACGCCCAUAGAUGAAAGUGCAAGUGCAAGCAGUGCAGUUAACUUAGAAAUGGCUUCUGAAACUACUGAAAAUGCAGGUUCUAGCACAACGACUUCGCAAAAUAUAUUACCGAUAGAUACUGAUAUUGUUUUGUUAAAAGAAAGUUCGUACAGUAUUGUUAAAAAUGGCACGGUCAUAGAUGUUCUGGAAUUGAAUGAUACUAUUUCGGAGGAAGAAAAAACCACGAGCGAUAAUGUUGUGAUAGCACCAAUUGUAAGCGAUAAGGAAAUUGAAGACAACAUGAUUUUAAACGAUGAUGAAGAAAAACCUCUCAAUGUGCAGAAACAAGAUAAGAAAAAAAUAUCUGAGCAUAAAGUUGUCGAACUCACAUUCACCGAACCGAGCGUAUUUUCAUCAAGUUUCGUAAUUACAACCAAGAACUUCAAAGAACCAACAAAUGCACCAUCGAUGCAAACAAAAACUCAAACGCAAGAAAUUGACCCUAAAUUCGAAAUACUGAAUUCCAAUGAUUCCAAGGUAAAUACAGACAGUGAAUUGCUGUUCGAAAAUAAAUCUGCGCCGUUCAUUACAACUGAUGCAUCAAAGGAAGCGACGACUUCCGAGGCAUCUAAAAAAACUGAAGAUUUAAGUCCUACUCCUAAUGAUACCGAAAAGGAAACAGUUGAAUUUCAGGAAGCAGAUAUAGAACCAUCAGAAGAAAUGGAUUCAGAACCAGAACAGCUUCACCGACCUAAUAGAAGGCGCUUGCUAACACAACCCAAAGCAAGGGGUGGAUAUCCAUUUCACAUCAGACGAGUGUUAGGGUAACUCAAUAAAUAAUAAUCUUUUAAGUGGAUUUAUAUAAAGACAUUUGUAAUUGAUGGUAGUGUUAUUGUAUGUUUACUUCAUAUAUGCCCAAUCACUUUGGCAAUUAAAAAA